GCAGCCGAGGCAGACUGCCCAUAGCCAGUGUUUUGUGUUUUCUCCCUCCGCCCCCUCAAAAGGAAGCCAGUGAGUAGCUUAAUUCCUCUUCCUAGACUCAUUUCUGUUUCUCCCCUUUUAUAAAGCUAAACCCACGCAGCCCCGCGGGGUGUGUAACACAUUGCAGUGUGCACAACCCCUCCUUUACUACGCCACACUGACAGGGGAACAUGCUGCUUGCACAAACGUCACACCGAUUCUGUGUAUAAAGUGCUCUCAACAGAGCUCAGAGGCAUUCAUUCCCACCCAGAAGAAGAGCAGCAGCGGCCGAGAAGGAGAGAUGAGGUGAGGCAAGGCACUGAUCCCCCAAAGAGGCCAAGAUGUUUUACUCGGGUCUCCUCACAGAGUCGUCCAGGAAGGAGGUGGACAUGAGGGAAGCUGCAUCCCUUCGACAGCAAAGGAGGAUGAAGCAGGCUGUCCAGUUUAACCACAAGGACUCGGCUGACCUCCUGCCGUUAGAUGGGCUGAAAAAACUAGGAACCUCCAAAGACACUCAACCACACAGCAUCCUGCAGAAACGCUUGAUGGAGACAAACAUGUCCAAACUGCGCCAUGGACGAGGGACAAGCUCUCAGAAGAAUGACCUCCCAGCCCAGACAAAUAAACUGAAUCAAAUGAAACUGGAUUGCCCCAAGAAAACAGAGCAAGAUGAUCUCAUCUUAGUAUGUUGCCAGUGUGCUGGGAAAGAACUGCAAGUUGUGGUUGACACAGGAUGCCAACGCAAUAUCAUAUCAUCUGCCUGUCUGGAAAGAUUAGGGCUAAAGGAGCAUAUGAAAGCCUACAAGCCUGAGUGUGAGAAGAUUUCAUCGCCACCUAAUAUGAAAGUGAUUGGCUACAUAGAGCAUCUAUCUCUUACCCUGGGCACCCUCCUUGUGGAUUGUUCUGCAAUUGUGACAGAGGAUCAUGAGAAAAACUUUUCCCUGGGGCUACAGACCCUGAAGUCUUUGAAGUGUGUGAUAAACAUGGAGAAGCAUCAUUUGGUCCUGGGGAAGACAAACAGGGAAGAAAUCCCUUUUGCCACUAACACCUCUGCACAAGAAGAGAACACUUCUGAAGCUUGAAGAGAUGACAUCGCUGGCUUUGGAGGGAGAGAGAAAAAUGAUGUGGUUGAAACUGGAAUUGGCUGUACUCCCCUGCUAGACUAUGGCUGGAUUGUAGCAAAAAUGAAAGCACAUGUGUUCUUAAAGAGGUUAGGAGAGCUUCAGAUCUUCCGUUGCCAUGCCAGGGGCCUGGACAAUGGACUUGUAUGUGUAUGUCCAAGCCCACUCUUCAAAAUGGUGUGAUUUCUAUGGCCAUUUAAGUACCUGUAUGAUAACGCUUAUUUUCCAGAAUCUACAGAUCAUCUCUUUUAUUACAAAUGAGUUAUUGAAGUCUCUUGUGAAAAUGAGAUGAAAGGACAAUUUUGUAUCUUCCUCUUUGGAGCCAACAGUAUUUAGUCACAAGAAGAGACUUUAGGAAUCAGAUUUUUAGAAUGUAUUUUUUCACUGGGGAGCAAGGAAUAACUCGACAUGACAAGCCACAUACACUGACCUAUGUGUGAUGAAAUGACAUUCAUUUAACACAUACACUGUGGAAGGGGGAAGGAUAGGAUCCCCCAUGCCCACAUAAGGUUUGCAGGUAGCAUAACUAAGUAUUGCUCAUAAUAAUAUAGGUUUUCCCUUGAGUGGAUUUCCAUUCAUAGGAAUGUUUUUCUGCAGGAGGGAGAUGAUCGAUCCAUUUUCACUGAUUUGACCUCCUGCUCUCUAAAAAGCUCCUCCAUGAAGUUGUCGGGAGAUGGAGCUGUUGAGAGAUGCAGGGAGAAAGGAAAAUUAGCAAAGACCACUCUCAUUUUUGUGUCUAACAGGAAUUUCUGUUGAAUCUUAGACCCUUCUACACUGCCAUAUAAAUUUCCAGAUUAUUUGCUUUGAACUGGAUUAUAUGGCAAUUGUAAUCCACUUCAAAGCAGAUAAUAUGGAUUUUGUAUGGCAGUGUUAUUAUUAGUCUCCUCUAUGAAAUGAAAGAGAUCUUCUGUUCACAGAAGAAUAGCUCUGAAUUCAACCCAACAUAUUUUUCAAAUGUCUGUGGAUCUUUCUUUGCCCACAAUUAAAUUCACUUUUGAACUGUCAAAUAUACAGCUUACCCAAAUAAUCAGAGUUAAUUAGAUUUUUAACAAAUGUAUUUAUUCUCUGAAAACAAAAUACAGGAUGUAAAAUAAUCCUAAGGUCUUCUCAUUCCAGUGCUAACAUUUCAAAGUCACAAAACUUAAAAGUUUAAAGGUGAUUGAAAACAAUAAUCUAUUAUGAGCUAACUUUGCUGCAUCAUCAUAAAUGUGGAGAAAGUUCUCUUUUUACUCUUUAUUGCAAUAUUGUUUUCGAUAUUACCUGUGCUUCUGCUACUAUUGUUAUUGUUCGUAUAAGAACACAUUUAUAUCUUUUUACCAAGAUCUUACAUCUAUAAGGAUUGGUAAUCAUCUAAACAUGUAUAAAAAUCAUACUUUAUUUCUUUCCACAUUAUUAUUAAAUUUUUUGGUCCUUAAGUUGUUUGUAAAAUAAAUUUCAUGAGACCUGAACCUUGAAAUUCAAUAUACCAUAUCAACACCGAAAUAUCAAAAUACCUUUGUAUCGCCAAUGGUAUCUCACUUAUUAGUGAUUCAUGUAUACACUAAUGCUUAAGUCUAGACAUUUUUGUCAAACUCCUGCCCUCAAAACCUGGCUUGACUUAUCCACAAAUCAGUGCAAUUACUAUAGCUUUAAUAAAAUAGGAACCAGCACCUUCUCUGAGUAGAGUGGCAAAGGACACAACUUUAGUUCAUCAAAGGAGAGCCUAAAAGAAUCACCAACCCUCUCUACUCUUGCUGGCCUUUUUGAAUGUCUGGGUGAUGAAAUGGUAUCUAGAGGUGGCUGGCUUUCCCUUCUCUCUAGAUUAGGCACGGGCAAACUUCGGCCCUCCAGGCGUUUUGGACUUCAACUCCCACAAUUCCUAACAGCCUACUGGCUGUUAGGAAUUGUGGGAGUUGAAGUUCAAAACACCUGGAGGGCCAAAGUUUGCCCAUGCCUGAUCUAGAGGACACUUAACUUUUCCACUGGUCAUAUAAAAAUCCACAAUUUUGGCCCCAAAACCUACCCUUGAGUUGUACAUGAGGACAACUUAUCCUCAAAUAUCAAUGGUAUAUUCAUUUUAAUAGUAUAUCUAUAUACAGAUCUAGGAUUUCAGUUGUAUAUUAUGUAUUUUAUAUAGCAGCCAAUUCUCUCACACACAAAAAUAAAUUAAAAAUAUAAAAGUUCUGGGACUGAUUCUUUAGCUUGUAUUUGGUUUCCAGGUUUCUUGGGGUACAAAACAUGCUUGAACAUAAAUAAAGGAGAUGAAAAAACAAACCAAACUAAGGCUAUAUAAUAUACACAGUCGGAAACAGUGACUCCGUGACUCCAUCUUUAGUUCUUCUAAACAGUUGCUUGUCUAGUCAUAUUUCCUUUUAGAUCCAUCUUCACUAGUGACGUAGAUUCCCAGGAAAAAUAAGAACAAUUGCACAAUGUGCAUCCACCAAUCACCUUCCUGUUCCUGUUGGGGAAUUAAAAUUCAUCACCACACUGCCUUCAUAUCUCUAGCUCCCCAGGCAGAUUCCCCACUCUCCAGGACACUGGAUGUUGGGCCAAGAAAGAUGCUAUUUCCUCUCUGCUUCAGGGCAUCAGUAUUGCUGAUUUGAUUGUCUUUGCCAACGACUGUUUUAUGAGUCAUGGGUUGCUGCUGCUCUGAGCACAUUGUUGUACCCUGACUGGAUGCUCUGGCUUUAUUUGCUAGGCUGAUAACCUUUGGGUCAUUUCCCUGCCCUGUAACUCUGAGCAGUGUUUUCUAUCAUUUUCUUGAGCUUUUGCCUUGUCAGAAAUAGUCCAUCUUCUGGGAAGUAUUUAUCUGCACAGUACUUUUUGAAGUAUCAAAAGUAUAAGCUUUUUGUGAGUGUUUCGCCAACUGUGUCACAGCUCAUUGUCAGAUUGCUUCAGCAACUUACAACUCUGUUCAGACAGGCAGUUUUGCUACAAAUGGACUGGGCUGCAGUCUGAAAUGAGCUGAAAUAAAGGUGAAAUGGAUCAUUCAUUGUGCUCAAAUCUGCAAUAUUUGACCCAUUUUCAUAACUUGGCAAGAUGGCCAUGUAACUUGCCCGUUGCUUUUACAGCCAUCAAUUCUGUACAGACGCAGCAAAUAUUAUAUACUGAACAAUGAUUUUGGACACACAAAUACAGUAGAGUCUCUCUUAUCCAUCCUUCGCUUAUCCAACAUUCUGUAUUAUCCAACGCAGUCAGCCUCCCACCCAGAUCCACAGAUGUCUCUCUAAGCAGCAGCACAUAGCGGGCCAACAUGCUCAACAACAACACAAGUGCAGCCAUGCUUGCAAACAAGUGGCAGACUUGUUGAAAAACAUGAUGUUUUGGUGCUUAAUUUGUAAAAUCAUAAAGUAAUUUGACAUUUAAUCGGCUUUUAUUUAAUCUCUCCUUAUUAUCCAACAUUCCUGCUUAUCCAACAUUCUGCUGGCCCGUUUAUGUUGGAUAAGCAAGACUCUACUGUCAUUUCCCCCCUAAAAACAUGGGGAGCUGUUUUGUAGAUAGCCUUGCCUCUUCCCAUUUGCUCCAGGUUCAGAAUAGCUUCUACCCAUAGCACAGCCCAGACCUUUAUAUCAAGCUCCAACAGCCUUGUACUCCCUGGCUUUACAGUAAACAUUACAGAUGUGCUUCAAAUUACAAAGUUUAAUGGAGUGUUUUUCUGGAAAGGAGCUUUCGUUGAUCUGAGUAUGUGUGCAUGCAUGCAGAAGCACAUAUGCACUCUGAGUAUCAUACUAACAGGAUGCAAUGUUUUAGAUUUAAUGCAUCACUUAUAUAUUUAUCUAGUAGAAUUUGUACUGAAUAUUAGCUUACAGCUGGAAGAGCUGUCAUUAAAGCCAAGGGAAGGAAGUACUAGAACCAAUUUCAGAAAACUGCUGGACCAAAACCUUUGGCGCAGUGCCAGUUUCUGGAGUUUGUUCUGACCUGUUAUUUUAUACAGUGAACAUAAAUAACAUGCAAUGGAUGAUGUUGAACACAGAAUUCACAGACCGGUAUCUCUGUAUUUUCAUACUUGAUGGUUUUGCUUUUUGCAUUGACUACUAUAUUGCUUGCACACCUGCUGUAUUAAUGUUUGGAGUUAUUUCCCUGUGGAUUAUUACCCUCCUUAAUAUUUCUAGUAAAUAUAUUUUUAAAAAAGCGCAAAGCAAAACUUCUCUGUGUUUACAAGAUUAACUGCACUGUGUGUCUACCUGCCAACAUGUUGUAGAAAAUAUAAUAUAUUUGUUUAAGCAAAUAUGCCACUAAUGUGGAAUUUGGCUAAUUUAUUAUCAGAGUGUUUAUUACUGUGAUGACUAUGAAAAUAAAAUAUCUGGUUAAACAUA